GGGCGUUUAUAAAUUCCCACGUGUUGAUAAGCCACUUGGUUGAGCUAUCAUUUGUGGCCAGGUCGCUUCUGAAAAAGAGCUAUAUAGCUCAGUGGGCCAUACCUGGUAAAAUAAAAAUAGUGUAGUUUCGUUUUUAGAGUUUAGUAUCAUCAGCUGUGGUUACGGUUGCCACCUUUCCUGUUUUGAUGCCCCAGACAUUCUGGCAUCAGUGUUGUGGUGGCAGCAAUUGAUUUGUAACGAGCUCUGGUACCGGGUAUUGUGUUUAUUUCUACGGCAGUAGGCUGCACAAUUUUGAUAACAGACCAAGUGCUCAGAAAUGUGCGCGAGGUUGGUCUAUAGUGGACAGGUUGUAAACCCAGCAUGUGCUUUCAUCAUCCAGUAGCAUAAGUUCCUUAUUUUAUUAUCUGGACUUAAAAUGUCUCUCUAGCACGUGGCUUUUUGUGUUUCGACUUAGGUGGUUGCCAAGACUGGAGAAUCUGUGGAGCUAAAAAGUGGCGAGUUCAGCAUUUCAGAGGUGCAGGGCGACCUCUUCUCGUGCCCGGCCAACGAGGCGCUCGCCCACUGCAUCAGUGCCGACUGCCGCAUGGGAGCCGGCAUCGCCAAGAUGUUCAAGGCAAAAUUUAGCGGCACUCAGGAGCUGCUGAACCAGGCAAAGAAGGUUGGAGAAGUGGCAGUGUUGGAGCGGAAUGAGAGAUUCAUUUACUACUUGGUGACCAAAGAGAGAGCCUUCCACAAGCCAACGUACCCGGAUCUGGAGAACAGCCUGCGCGCCAUGAAGCAACACUGCAUAUUGCACGGCGUCACGGCUGUCUCCAUGCCCAGGAUUGGUUGCGGCUUGGACAAGCUUCAGUGGGACAAGGUGAAGUGGAUGAUGGAAAAAGUGUUCAGGGGCAGUGGCAUCAAGCUCACAGUCUACUACCUCUGACUGGGGCAGCGAGCAGUCAGAAUGGAGUGAACUCUUGUGUGUGUGUGUGUCUGUGUGUGAGCACGGCAAGGGGAGCAGUGGCGUUAGUGGCUUUGCACGCUGUGCUACGAAUCACCACCCUGCCUAACAUCACUGGGGAUGAUCUAAAACGGGUCCUGGAUCUCCUCGAAGUCGACUCAGCCUUAAAUGAGUAGUGCAGUAUAUGGACGUCGGCACUCUGCGGAGACAAAAGUGGCUGGGCAUGGUGCUCCCCAACAGCACUUGCCCCAACAGUCCUGUUGAACACUACACAGGGGAUCUUUGUCUUUGUGUGGUGGCAUGGUGGUUAGCGCACUGCGCUAUGAACCGAGUGACCUGCGUUCGAUUCUCAGGAACGGCUGCCAUCAGUGACGAGUUUUAUCUGAUGUCCACCCCGAUACUUGGUCUCCACCAGGUAGCCUCAGCCUUAAAUGAGUGCCUGAUGCAGUGUAUAAUUGUCAGCAAUCGGGAGACAAAGCAGUCGGGCAUGCUGCAAGUCACACCACCCCCUGUUGUUCUCGACUGGCCUUACUAAGUACUCACUACGGGUGUAUGAUGCUAAACGUGGGAUAUAUGUUGCUGCAUGUGACGGACACGUACAACACUCUCAUACAACACAAAGGCCGUGUUUUGAAUUCUGUUGCAAGUUUCGGCUAUGUAUGGGAGACGAAAAAACGCGGUCGUUAUAUGAAGUAAAAAGUGAAAUUAUUUACAGUUAACUAAAUCGUGCUUUUCUCGCUGUAGCCUUCCGUGAAGCCCGGUUCACCACAGUCAGCGAUUUGCUGCUUGAGGUUGGUGCCUCAGGGCCAUCUGGAGGAGUCUGCAGAAGUGGACACAUUUAACGAGCCAUGCAUUGGCCAACGAGUCACAUUUGACAAACGCUGGGUUCCGAUUGCUUGUGGGGCUGGCCCGAUUCGUGCACAUCCACCACCAACCAGUCACAAAGUUCGGGCUGAUGUAUAUCAAACUGUAUUUGCAUAUUAACCCAGUUCAGCCGUAAAUUUUGUUUCGCAAUAAUGACUCAUAAUAAUUACUGUUAUUUGGGAGUGAUGAAAGCAGCUCGUGUACAGGUGCUAGUUGUAUUCUGACAUCGCAGCACGGUGAGAGAUGACAGCUUUGGGUGGCUUUCAUUGAGCAGCGGAGUGAUCGUGGCUGACGAUGUUUCGCACGAUGGUCACCCCAUCGAGGCUAUGCAAACUCAACCCCUGCGAAGAUUGAGAUCUCACGGGGUUGGGAACCUUAUGGGUGACUUGGCCACAGACAGCGCUGAGUUGAACUAAACAAAAGACUAAACACAUUUUUAUUUUACCGGGUAAGUCCCACCGAGCUACGUGGCUCUUUUUCAGAAGCGACCUGGCCACAAAUGAUAGCUCAACGAAGUGGCUUAUCACGUGGUAAUGUAUAGCAGCCAAAUACUCUAGACGCGCGUUACUAAAUGGAGGGAAAAACCGGAGGACCCGGAGAAAAAUCCUCGCGACCACGGGGAGAACACCCAAAACUCCAAAUAUACAGCAGGCGUCAGGGUCAGGAUCGAACCGACGACCUGUGUAAACCAGGCGAGGGAGAUAACAUCUCCUAGCCACCGUGGCACCGAGUUACUGGCACGGUAUCCUUGGACUGAAAGCCCUCGUGAAACCGGAGGUGGUUCGGACUGGCCAGGGCGUGAGGUGCGGGUCGCUGACCCACGACGGUGUCAACCAAACGAUGUGGGACGGCAACACGAACGAUCGUCCCUCGCUCAGGCCCAACGUGAUUUAAAAGUUUUUUAUUUACCGUUAUUAUUUAUUACGCUUGCUUCGCCAGAAGAGGCCGUUUUGAGUGUAGAACGUAAGCAUAUGUUUGAUUUCGUUUCACAAAUUUGGACAUGUUGAGAGUUGUUAAAUUCUUGUUGUUACUCAUUUUCGUCGUAUAUCCUUGCCUUAACCCAAAGGUCAUUUUCAAUCCCAAACACAUGUACACGUAGGCUUGUGUACACUGUUGAGCACUCAAUUCAAACUCUUAUGAUACUCGUGAUAGUUUUUUCUUUGCGAUUUAACCCUGAUUUACUCAAAUUAUUUGCAAUAUUUAGGCUCCUGGAGAGAAUGAAAUGUUAUACUUAAGAACAUUUGACUUACGAACUUUUCAGAGAUGCGAACAAACCUGUCCGUAUGUGCAGUUGCCUGUUCGGACCGAGAGUCGUAAGUUCAACCGCCGCACAAUAGAUGGCAGUGGUGGCAUCUGGACCUUCAGAACACGAAGAACCAGUGGCAUCUACAUGUACAGGAGAUUAUUCAUUCGCCGUGUUUAGUGUGCAUGCCGUACAACAUGUUUGGAAUCGGCAGGGGUUAAGUUGGACUUACGAACAAGUCAACUUGCGAGCAGACCUCUGGAACCUACCUCGUUUGUAAAUAGCGGAGUCCCUGUAUGUGGAAGAGAGUCUAUACUCUACCAAGUCUGUGGCGUUAAACAACCAUUGUGGGCCUUGCAUGGCGUUGCAAGAGCAUUCUGUGUGGUACUUCCGGCGAUGUGAAAUGGUAUUGAUGUGCCAAGGAAUGUUACCGAGAUGUGUAAUAAAAACAACGGUGCAUUCAUCGUGC